AGUGGAUUCCAUCUCCAUGCCCGUCGAGGGCUGUGCUGACUGGCUACUACACACAUAUAUGGUACACCGCUUCUGAUAUCGUCUGACUCAUUCUGUGGCGAGCAGGCAGCCAGCAGACCGUUCUCCAUGAGGAGCAGUAGAAGAUGCCGGCUCUGCCAGCGCUGCUGCUGUCGAUACACUUCUCCUCCUUCCUGCUAGUUACCAUGGCACCACGCUCCGGAAGCCAGGCCGCCCUGCUCUCCUCCGUCCGGAUGGCUGCGAUCCUGGAUGACCAGUCAGUGUGUGGGCGUGGGGAGCGGCUGGCUCUGGCCCUGGCCAGGGAGAACAUCAACAGUGUGAUGGAGGGAGGGGCUAGAGCCCGUGUGGAGGUGGACAUAUUCGAACUGCAGAGGGACUCCCAGUAUGAGACCACUGACACCAUGUGCCAGAUUCUACCUAAAGGAGUGGUGUCUGUGAUAGGCCCUGCCAACAGCCCUGCUUCUGGCUCUACUGUCAGUCAUAUAUGUGGAGAGAAGGAGAUCCCUCAUGUAAAGAUAGGUCCAGAGGAGACUCCCAGGUUGCCCUACCUGCGUUUUGCCUCGGUCAGUCUGUACCCUAGCAACGAGGACCUGAGCCUGGCCGUGGCAGCCAUCCUGCGAUCCUUCAGCUACCCCUCAGCCAGCCUGGUCUGCGCCAAGGCCGAGUGCCUUUUGCGAUUGGAGGAGCUAGUGCGGCGCUUCCUGAUCUCCAGGGAGACCCUGUCAAUCAGGAUGCUGGAUGACAGCCUGGAUCCCACCCCUCUGCUGAAAGAGAUACGAGACGACAAGGUGGCCACCAUCAUCAUCGACGCCAACGCCUCCAUCUCCUACCUCAUCCUCAAAAAGGCAUCAGAGUUGGGGAUGACAUCAGCGUUUUACAAGUACAUCCUCACCUCCAUGGACUUCCCCCUGCUGAGGCUGGAUGACAUAGUCAAUGACCAGUCCAACAUCAUAGGGUUCUCCAUGUUCAACACCACCCAUCCAUUCUACCUGGAGUUCAUCAGGAGUCUCAACCUGUCCUGGAGGGAGGGCUGUGAUCUCAUCUACCCCGGGCCUGCGUUGUCGUCAGCCUUGAUGUUUGAUGCGGUGCACGUUGUGGUGGGGGCGGUGAGGGAGCUCAACAGGAGUCAGGAGAUUGGAGUCAAACCUCUCAGCUGCACCUCUCCUCAGAUCUGGCAACACGGCACCAGCCUCAUGAACUACCUACGCAUGGUGGAGUAUGAUGGUCUGACAGGCCAUGUGGAGUUUAACAGUAAAGGACAGAGAACCAACUACACACUGAGGAUUCUGGAGAAACAGCGCAGGGGUCACAGAGAGAUUGGUAUCUGGUACUCCAACAACACACUGGCAAUGAACGCCACCAGUCUGGACAUCAACGUCUCGGAAACACUGGCCAACAAGACCCUCAUCGUCACCACCAUACUGGAGAGCCCCUAUGUGAUGCGUAAGGGGAACUACCAGGAGUACCAGGGGAAUGACCAGUACGAGGGCUUCUGUGUGGACAUGUUGAGAGAGCUGGCAGACAUCUUGAAGUGCUCCUUCAGGAUUAAACUGGUGGAUGAUGGGCUGUAUGGAGCGCCUGAACCCAACGGGUCCUGGACCGGCAUGGUGGGAGAGCUCAUCAACAGGAAAGCAGACUUGGCAGUAGCAGGCUUCACCAUCACGUCUGAGAGGGAGAAAGUCAUAGACUUCUCCAAGCCCUUCAUGACGCUAGGAAUCAGCAUCUUGUACAGAGUCCACCUGGGGAGGAAGCCGGGGUAUUUCUCCUUCCUGGACCCCUUCUCUCCGGCUGUUUGGCUCUUCAUGCUGCUCGCCUACCUGGCUGUCAGCUGUGUGCUCUUCCUGGCUGCAAGGUUGAGUCCCUAUGAGUGGUACAACCCCCACCCGUGUCUGCAGGGGCACAAGGACAUGCUGGAGAACCAGUACACCCUAGGGAACAGCCUGUGGUUCCCUGUUGGAGGCUUCAUGCAGCAGGGCUCUGAGAUCAUGCCCCGUGCCCUGUCCACACGCUGCGUCUCAGGGGUCUGGUGGAUGUUUACUCUGAUCAUCAUCUCCUCCUACACGGCCAACCUGGCAGCCUUCCUGACCGUCCAGAGGAUGGAGGUGCCCAUCGAGUCUCCUGACGACCUGGCUGACCAGACCAACAUCGAGUAUGGCACUAUCCACGGGGGGAGCACCAUGACUUUCUUCAUGAACUCGCGCUACCAGACAUACCAGCGCAUGUGGAACUACAUGCACUCCAAGCAGCCCAGUGUGUUUGUGAAGAGCACAGAGGAGGGCAUUGCCCGCGUGGUCAACUCUAAAUAUGCCUUCCUCCUGGAGAGCACCAUGAAUGAGUACUACCGCAAACUCAACUGUAACCUCACCCAGAUAGGUGGUCUGCUGGACACCAAGGGCUACGGCAUCGGCAUGCCACUGGGAUCUCCAUUCAGAGAGGAGAUCACUAUGGCCAUCCUGCACCUGCAGGAGAACAACAGGCUGGAGAUCCUGAAGAGGAGGUGGUGGGAGGGAGGACAGUGCCCUAAAGAAGAGGAUCACAGAGCCAAGGGUCUGGGCAUGGAGAACAUCGGGGGUAUCUUUGUGGUGUUGAUCUGUGGCCUCAUCAUCGCUGUGUUCGUGGCCAUCAUGGAGUUUGUGUGGUCGACGCGCUGCUCUUCAGAGACAGACGAGGUACGCCCUCAAUCCUGCCCUCGCCGACACCACAGACCCACCUCAGUGUCUGUCUGUCAGGAGAUGCUCACCGAGUUCCGAAACGCUGUCUCCUGUAAGAAGAGUUCCCGUUCCCGUCGUCGCCGCCCCCUGGGCAACUCUGCGGCCCUCCGCCACCCCACCCGCAUCGCCCUGGGGGCCCAGCGGCCACUCCGCCUCGUACGGGAGAUGCGCCUCAGCAACGGCAAGCUCUACAGCGGCUCAGGACCCCUGACUGGUGGAGCAGGGGGGCCAGGAGGGGGUGUAGGGGCUGGUGGAGGUCCCUCAGACAUGGGCCCCGGGCCUCAACGACUCCUGGAGGACCCUCUGGGGGCCAACACCACCCCUCCUCACCCGCCCCAGCCGCAGGCCGCCAUGGCGCUCCCUCGCAGCUGCACGCACGUCAGGAUCUGCCACGAGUGCAGGAGGAUCCAGAGCCUGAGGUCUGGGAUGGGGUCCACGAGGAUCCCCCCCUCAUCUGCACCCUUGCCCCGCCUGCCCCCUCCUCCUCCCCCCUCCUCCUCCAACACAGACAGCGAGGGGGGUGGUGGGUCUAGCCCCCGGCGGCUCCCCCACAGCACCCCUGCACCCUGCCUACCUAUACCACCCCCACAGAGCAGCAUCGACACAGACCUUCUGGGGAAGCAGGACUAAGACUGAUGAUCUAGGAGGGGCGGGAGGGUACUUAACGGUGACUUAACUGAUGUUUUGAGCUGCUCAGUGACACACUAUUGUGACCCCCUCUGUACAUUGGCCUCCAGGAGGGAACUACAGGGAGAGAAGGAGGGAGAAAGAGAGAGAGAGAAUUAGAAGGCUCAAAGACGUUGUGAGACGUGUGAUGAAGCAAUGGAAAGGAUAUAUUUGCACAGAUGCCAAAAGACACACCCAUACAGAAGGAGAGAGAAGGAGAGACUUCCUUUGCUCUCCAGUGCGCUGCCCAGCUGGGUCUGAUGUUAGCCCAGUCUGUUCACACAACCAUGCUCCAUUAUGUUCUGGCUUUGUGAUUUACCUGAAGAUGGCUGCUCGGUUCUUAUCUUGACUUACCAGUGGAUCAAUCAGGACUGAGCUACACUGGAUAAAGUAGUCAGGUAACGCACAUCAUUUGAUGCCAGACCUACUGGUUUCUCUGUUGGUCUCUCUCUGUUCUCCCCACUCUCUAUCUCCAUCUCUCUCUCUCUUUCCCUUUCCAUGGUACCACAGACUCACCUAGAGCGUCCAGCUCUUCCUCUCUGGACGGUGACCACUGGAGGAGGAGCCCACAUCAAUCCUGGAGGACCUUUAAUCUAUGUAACAUACAACAACAGAAGACUUUAAAACUGACUCAGAGAAUUAUAUGAUUUUCCAGAUUUUUUUGUUGUUGUCUUUGUCGUUUGGUUACCAUUGUUCUAAGUGGAAGUUAAAGAAAAAUAAAGACUAUAUAUGUGACUAAUGUGGUGGAUCACGACACACUAUGAAGACAACACUCCCCUGAGGUUUACUGUGUGGAGGAGGUGUUUUGUCCCUCUGUGGACCACCUAGCUGCUUUUGAAACGACAUUGAAGAAAGCAGAUUUGGCUGGAAAUGAGUUGCAACAAAGUCUGAUAUGCAUAAUGUGUGUGUGUGUGUGUGUGCGUGCGUGCGUGCGUGCACACAGAGGUCUGUCCUUACAGUAAGUGAGAGAAACAAAUGAUCAUACCAUUUCCGUGUAAGUAUAUGAUAAUCAGAGGCUUUGCGAUGUGAAAUGACUUGUUAUCCUGGAGAAUACUUGCCAAGCCUUUUCUCCUCUUUACCUCUGUUCAUAGCACAGAGAGAGAUGACGAGGAGAGAGGAAGAGGAGAGAGAGAAAAAGGAGAGAGCAAUGGAGAGAUGAAGAAGAGAGAGAUGAAGAGGAGUGGGAGAAAGAGAACAAAUAGGAACGCAACAGUGAGGAACAGAGAGAUAAAGGUGGACUGUAUCAGAAUGACAAAUCCCUAAUUGAACUUCUUCCAUCAUGAGAUCUCUCCUGAUCUGGUAAUUCUGGGCAGCAUCUUGCUGGGGGCUUGGCUCUGCUGCCCGGAGGCUGGGACUAAAGCUCCCUGCUCUACAUCACGUUGAACUGGCUGUUUGCAGCACAGACGCCUGCCAGAGCUCCACACAGAGCUCCACACCACCCUGAGCCCUCUCAUUACAGCCUGUGGAGCUUUAGAUCUGGUAAUUAUUCCCCUUUAAUAACUAAUAGCCACACAAUGACUACGGAGGAGACUGAGGUCAUGGUUUAAUGUUAUAAAAGUAUGACUGGGAAUGAUGUUAGGGUUCAAGCCUCUCUGAUGAUUUCUGCUGCCUCUCUCACAUAUACACCACAGAUCAUCUCACACACAUGCACACACGCACACGCGCACACGCACACACGCACACACACACACACACACACACACACACACACACACACACACACACACACACACACA